UUGGUUUGGCUUUUUUUUUUCCAUGCGUUUUUUUAAAUUUUUCACUUAGUGAAAUUAUUUAGCAUGAUGAAAUUCAUAGAGGAUUUUUCAGAGUUUUCAGAGACUUGGAGGAUCCAUUUUAGUGAAUUAAAGAAAGUGUUAUGAGGUGUUAUAGAGCUAAGUUAAGGCGCUAUGAUUGGCUUCCGAACUUAACUACCGCUUUAACGAAUAACGUUCCUGACUAACAGGUUCAUUCAGUUUUAUCAUAUUUGAAGUAGCAAUUAAAGUGUCCGAAUUGUUUUUGUAUGCAACUUAAAGAUCCAUUAUGAUAAUAAAAUUUGACAUAAAAUGCUAUACUGUUGUUGAUUUUUGUUAUUACUAUUAUUACUAUUAAUAUUGUAAUCAUCUAUAUAUUUAUAUAAUACUAGUUUUGAUCAAAGCAUGUAUUUAAUUAAAGAUUUUUUGAAAAUUGAUUUUAGCAAUAAAAAAAUUUAACUUAUAUAGGUGUUUACAACUUUCAUGGUUUCAAAUUUUGUAUAGUUAUAAAAAACUUCAUUAAAAUAAAUUUUAGUUACUAAAAUGACUAAGGGUAAGAAAAGACUACGCAAAAAAGAUAUAGGGUUGCCACAAAAUUUUCAGCAUCAGUUUCAUAUGACAUAUGAUAACAGAGUUGGCAAUUUUGUUGGUGUUCCUCCUCAAUGGAAAAAAUUUCUCGGCAAAGAAUUUGAACGCCCUCAACCAAUUAUAGACCCUAUGUAUGUUACAGAUAUUGAACCAGGAACAUUAGUAUUGCAAUCACAGUCAAGCAGCAAAAUAAAUCAUAUACCAAAUCCAGGUAGAAUUAAUAUAGCACGUUCUAACUCGUUACGUCAACUCUCUAUAAAAAACAAAAUAAAGGAAGAGACUAAAGUUAAUGAUGUUUCGCCUGAACAAAAAAAUGAAAGUAUAGAUUUUGAUAGAAAUCAAGCUUCAUAUAAAAGUCUACCCAAAAACAUUUAUUCUACUCAACGAAAAGAAUACUUUGACUCUAAAAGGAGUAACGAUUUAGUUGAUAGUAGAAUAGAGCACGAUUCCUCCAAACCUAAUAUUAGUAACGAUACCCAAAGUGUUUUGCCACGAGACGAUGUCUUUAUUUCUCAUGAUGAAUUUCGAGAAGCUUUAGAAUUAGUUGUUUGUAGAGAUGAUCCAAAGCUUUUUUUUGAAAACUUUGUAAAAAUUGGCGAAGGUUCUACUGGUAUUGUUUGUAUAGCUAAAGAUAAAAGAUCUGGAAAACAAGUAGCUGUCAAAAAAAUGGAUCUUAAAAAGCAACAACGAAGAGAGCUGUUAUUUAAUGAGGUUGUUACUAUGAAAAACUAUCGUCAUUUAAACAUCAUUGAGCUGUAUGAUGCAUACUUAGUUGGUGAUGAACUUUGGGUUGUCAUGGAAUACCUAGAUGGUGGAGCUUUAACUGAUAUUGUUACUUAUAAGAGAUUAAAAGAAGAAGAAAUUGCAUACUUUAGCAAGAGUUGCUUAAAGGGUUUGGAAUACUUACAUUCCCAAGGUGUUAUUCACCGAGACAUAAAAAGUGACAGUAUACUAAUGUCUAAAGAUGGACAAGUAAAAAUAUCUGACUUUGGCUUUUGCGCUCAAAUUAGCAACGAAAUUCCUAAGAGAAAAUCGCUAGUUGGAACUCCAUAUUGGAUGGCUCCAGAGAUAAUAUCAAGAGAUUCCUAUGGCACCGAGGUUGAUAUUUGGUCAUUUGGAGUCAUGGUGGUUGAAAUGGUUGAUUCAGAGCCACCUUAUUUUAGUGAGACACCAUUAUUGGCCAUGAAAAAAAUACGUGACCAAGAUGCACCUCAAGUUAAAGAUAUUGAAAAAAUAUCACCUCAGCUAAAAUCAUUUAUAGAAUCUUGUUUGCAAAAAGACCCAUUGCAAAGGUCAUCUGCAUCCGAUCUUCUCAAACAUCCUUUUUUACGCAACAUCUGUUCUACUGCAAAUAUUGUUUCCCUUAUUAAAGAAUAUUUACAUACAGAAAAGAAUAGUUCAUGUUGAUUCAUAGUAUAGCUUGAUGUAUGUUAUGGUAUUAUGUUUCUUAGUGCCCAUGUGUUGUUUCAGACGCAUGAAGCAAUGUUUAUACUCGCCCAUUUUUCAUGCAACGCUUGAUAGUUGCUGAGCAAUUAUUUAUUUAUGAAAAUAUACUUGCAACUUUUUU